GGAUAGAUUCACGAGCCAUCUCACAUGGUCAAGCUACAACAUAACAGCUUUAACUAGCGCUGGGCAAAUGAAUUUCCCGUCUAGCCCCCCCUUCAAUGAGAACUUACGUCACAGUGCUAGAACAGGCUUUUACCCCAUCGUGAACCAUUAUGAUGGCCAAGAUCCGGACGUGGACAGCAAAUACAAUCGCCCUAGACUAGUACGUCUACUCUAUGAGGAAGCUAUUGGGCCGCAAUCAAAAGACAAUGUUCUUCGAGCCUUUUCCUCGCAAUGAAACUUCCCAUGGAUAGUCCGCCUUUGAAGGACUCUUCGGCGGCUAUGCCUACCUAGCUUCUCGGCUAUGCUGAUCAUUUAGUGAACACCCUUUUUCUUCCUUGUAAGUAUGUCUCUGAAUAACUCCACUCUAAGAUGAAACCAAGCUAUUCCAGUAUUAGCCUCGACAACAAAGACACCGCAACUAACACCGCAGUAUCGCUCUACAACAAUGCGAGAAGCUGGCCAAGGCUUUAUGGCCACCCAUGCGCGACUUUCCGGCCUGAGGGGAGACUGUCUUGUGCGUGACAAACAUAGAUGCGUUAUUUCCAGGAUAUUUGAUAAAGACAAGGUCAGAGAGCGGAUUGCUCCUGAUCGUAGAGUGAUGAACGAUGAUGAUCAACCUAUCGCGCCUGGAGAUUUCGGACAUCUAGAAGUUGCACAUAUCCUUCCACAUUCUUUGGUAAAAGUGGAAUCAAAUAUGGAGGAGCUGGAUGAGACGAGAAAAACGGCCUUGGAGAUUCUGAACAUGUUUGACAACGAUAUCGCCUAUCUUAUUAAUGGUGUUGAAAUCGAUCGGCCGCGUAAUGCACUCACACUCACACGCGAUCUUCACCAAGACUUUGGUCGAUUCGAAGUUUAUUUUACAGCACACUCAGACUCAAGUCAGCCGCACACCUACGUCAUCGAAACCUUUCUUUCGGCACAAGUGUAUCCCACACUUCCCAUCCGCCGCACUUUGCAUCUCGCCGCGGAUUGUAAUAUUGAACCACCAGAUCCUCGAUUGCUGGCCGUUCACUGCGCUAUUGCAAUUAUCCUCCAUCCAUCCGCAGCUGGAGAAUAUAUACAUAAAAUACUUCGGGGUAUGGAAGAACAAACAGUCCGAUCUGACUGCUCAACUUCGCUUGGAGACUUUGUGCGAUUGAGGAUAGAAAACAUGCUAGCUAUAUGAAUUAAGCUGAAUUAAACAUUUAAUGAUUACCUAAGAGGGCUGACGCUAUUUUGGUAGACC